GUGUCACUUCCUUUCAGGCUGCGUGCUCUCAGCUGUGGUCUGUCUCCGGGGGAGCCGCCACCAUGCGCGUCGAGAAGUGUUACUUCUGUUCGGCCCCCAUCUACCCGGGCCACGGCAUGAUGUUCGUAAGGAAUGACAGCAAGAUGUUCCGAUUCUGCCGGUCAAAAUGCCACAAGAAUUUCAAGAAGAAGCGCAACCCCAGAAAGGUCAGAUGGACCAAAGCCUUUAGAAAGUCAGCUGGCAAAGAGUUGACUGUGGACAAUGCUUUUGAAUUUGAGAAAAGAAGAAAUGAACCUGUUAAAUACCAGAGAGAGUUGUGGAGCAAGACAGUUGAGGCAAUGAAGAGAGUGGAAGAGAUUAAACGGAAGCGACAGGCUCGGUUUAUCGUGAACAGACUGAAAAAGGGUAAAGAGCUGCAGAAAGCACAGGACAUCAAAGAAGUCAAACAAAAUAUCCACCUCAUUCGUGCUCCUCAUGCAGGAAAGGCCAAGAAGUUGGAAGACAAAAUGGUUCAGAAAUUGCAGAAGGAUGUGGACAUGGAAGACGAUGCCUGAAAGCAUAUGUUGUUUGGCAAUGCUUGCCUUUAUGUCAUAUUCUGGUGCUUUGUGGAAACCUUUUAAGCAGCACUUGGAACUGUAUUCUGAAUUCAUGUCCUUACGUUUUUGGAAAGGAUAUAACGAAAGUAAAAACUUGUACACAGUCAACCUAUGUUUAUUUUUCUGUAGAAAGUCUGAAAAAUAAACAGUUUUUUUUGUUUCUUGUCUUAAA